AUGAAACAGCACAUAUUUGUUGUCCGUUCCUCGUACUUGGCGUUAAUCUAUGCCAUCAUUGCGAGCACUGGUCUGCUGCUCGCCCUCUUUGUGGGGCUGUGGAUGCACCCCAAAGAGUUAUUAGACACGCACUGCAAGGUGGCGGAGUAUUGGCCAAGCAUAAGCACUCUCACGGGAGACUUUCAGCCAGAGCGGCAGGUCUGGCGAGUGGCGUUUGUUCUAUGCACACCGUUUCGCCUUGGUGCGACCAUCUCAUUGCUUUUGGUAUUCUGGCAACACGGCUGUGGGAACAUGAACGAAUUGAGCGACUUGGUGCGCGCUCCUUUAAUGCUGUUUGGGUCUUCAGCCUUUUUGACACUGAUGAUGUUUUUCUGCGAUAUUCUUCGUCUCAUCUGUGCGUUAACUUGGACUAUGGUUUCAUCAAUUGAGAACCUUGCUCGCCACAAUUUGGGGUUUGGUUUUUAUGUCUUCCUUGGCUUCAUACUUCAGCUGACUAUUGAUGCCUUGGUGCGACGAAACCUGUACAACCUUGACAUCUACGCUUCAUUUGAUAACAUUCGUUGGUCGUCCCGCUUGAAGCGUGUGUGCCUCAUUGGCCAGACGGUGAGUGCCCUUUCUCUCGUCUUCUUCUACGUUCGUCACGUCAACACGUGUGCCCCUGGAGCAUACAGCUUGUCCACCAUGUCGGAGUGGUUCUUUGCGUUUUUUAACAUUUGUUUUGACGCCACAGCGUGGUUUGAGUUGGAGAAGAGCACGUGGGUGUUUGGCGCGACCCCGGAGCAGUACAAGACGCUCGCCACAAAAAACACCCAGGAACCGGCGAGGGAGCACCCUAACGACGUCAAUCAUGAGCCGAAGACGUCUAUCACAUCGCCAGAGGUUACAAUUUUUGCAGAGGAUGACAAAACUGGGGAAAAUGUGGUGAUCCACGACUUCACAUUCUGCUGUGCUCCAUCACGCACGACGAUGUGGCUGGUGGAUGUCUAUUGGGCCUACCUUUUUUGGGAGAUGAUUGUCCACGUUGUGCAGCACAUGUACUUUAUGCCUUUGGUGGCUAUGUCCCUUUCCUGGGAGCUAGCUGGGGGCUUUACAUAUUGCUCGCCAGUGCUGCUGAAAUUUGGGGCAUUCCGUCGCUUCGCACUGGGGCAUGUUUCCUUGUUAAGGCUGCCGAAGGGGAGUGUAAAAGAGGGUAACCCCCGAAGAGUUCCCAUGUACCUCCUUUUCUACCUGAUCACCGCCUUGUCCCACUUUCACGUUCACGUGAAAAACAGUGAGAGAUUGAAGUUGCUUGCGAUAAUGUUUGGACCAUUCUUUCUUUCGUUGGCUCUCUUCUGCCGCUACCUCUACCCGGCGGAUUCCGUUCGAAACACCAGCGAUGACAACUGCCGCAUGGUGUAUUCUUUCCCACUGGGUCUUGUGGUCAGCAUGCUUGUUCGUGUGCUGCAUCUCUCACAAGAUCCUGUCUUUACAGAUGCCAUUUACGCUGGCCUAUUUGGUGUGGUUCUUGGCAUCGCCUGCACGACCAUCCUCUACCGACAUGUCAUGUUUUCAGAGGAGGACGCCACCCUCAAUGACUCAGAAGAAGCAUGUGUGAACAACAUCGAUCAGCAACGACAUGUGCACUUUUCUUCUACACGUGAGUCUAACGGUGUUACGACGCUGGCAUUGGCCUACACGCCGUUUUCUCCUGCAGUUAUGGGUCUGCUGUUUGGGUUUACCACAAUCGUCUCGCUAACUUUUUUCACAUGCGCCAGUUAUAUUCCACGACUUCUGGCAAUCGAUCCCUACCCUGCCAACUUGUUGGUCGUUGCUUGUUAUGUUUUAGGUUUGUACUACUCACCGAAUAUUAUACCGGUUUUCUCAACUGGCAAGCGCAAUGGGUUGCGAUGGAUUCGCUUGGGUGUUGGCCUUGUGGGAGGAUGUCUUACAAUGCUCCUCGGGACGCGCCAGACAAACCGCUCCUACGAGCUUCCACAUGCACACUACCCAACAACGAUGAAGAGUUUGAAAGAAAACGUGGACAUUCGUUUUUGGGCCGUAGAAGAGAAUUUUUCGGGUAACAAAUACGUUGCCUUCUGUGGUGGGCUCGUCAUGACGUUCUGCUUUGGCGCACUGUAUCCGUUCGUCACUGAGCUUGUCUUUGCGCAUCAGCGAGUCCACCGUCUUUCGACCGCCGCUGCAAAGAAACCAGACGAUUUACAUGAGUCUCACAGCCAUGUUGCGAUGCGCGGGAAUUCGUUUGAAUUGGUAUGGGCGUUGACGAGCAUUAUUUUUAUUAUUCUUUUCGCCCUGUGCACUUCAUACCCAUUUGUUCCCAUGGCUUGGCUUGUGCGUGAGCGUUCCGUCUCUGUGCAUCUUACUGCGGUGAGCGGUGUGUUUCUGCUUGCGUGGCUUUUGUCGCACCGCGUGAAGAACGCCAUUAGUGUGACGGGAAGGAAUGUUUUUUCAGUGAGGAAGCAGCGGCGUAUGCCGCUUGUAAUAUUUCUUUUUAUAUGCUUCGCAUUUUUUUUCGUUGUUGUCGGUCUCUUCGCGCUGGGCCCCGAUGACCGCAGUAUCCCUCCCGGGAAGCUUACGGCCCGUCUCUUCAGCCGUGAGGUGGUGCAGGUGCACGAGGCCAUCGCCAAACUGAGGACCCAGAAGAAUGCAGCCGCCGACCCCCUCCUGGACGAGUACGAGGUCAACUUCUUUGAGGAGCGCUAUGAGGCCCACCUGGAGCACCUUAAAGAGGAGGUCACAGGGGUGACGGACAAUACGUCGAAAUUGGUGCGGAAGAUUCCAAAGGAAAAAUACGGGGUUUCACUUCCCCAUCUGAGUUUGGAGCAGCGGCAGGCAGUCUGGGAAGCCGCCUUGGAAAUGACUUUUUUCUCCGGCAUGAUAUGGACUGUGCAUUUUGCGCUGGAUAACACAAAUACGGACUCGCUCAAGCGAAUGGUGAAACAGGCAGAUUUGACGGGUGCUGGCGUGAUUGGACUGCUAGAAAGUGACUCUAUGCACUUGCCGAAUGGAAAUCGUGACAUGGUGGAAUUCUUGUCCUACUCGCUUGGAUAUAAGUAUACCAGUUAUGGACCUACGGCGCUAGACAACACGUACGGGUGUGCGAUGAUAUCAAAGUAUCCCAUUUUGUCUGUGCGACGCUACAUCUCCCCCUCGCCUCAGGGUGAGCUCUCGUGCCUGAUCCACGCCAAGCUUGACGUCUUUGGCAUCACGAUCCAGACAUACGUUGGCCACUUUGGCAACACGGAGCACUGGGGCGAUGGUCUACUUCAAUCUCAGUUCCUCGGCCGCCUCGUGACGCGCAACCCAGGGCCCUCCAUGUUUCUCGGCUACGUUGUCUCUUACCCUGGAAACCCGGAGCGGUACCAAUAUUAUGCUUCGCAGACCAAGCCCGGAUACUUCCGUGACGCGGCACUCGAGCUGUACCGAAAACAUCCAUGGCACCGCAUGGCGGAGCGUGGCGGCUACGAUGAGCCUGAGCCGGAGAAGACUACAGUUGCCCCCGGCGAGGCGGUUGAUUUUAACGUGGAGUGGAAGCUGGAGCGUGUGGGUCACCUUGAGCAGGGCAUGGUGCCGGACAUUUCCUUCCGGCGAACACCCGAGGGGAAGGCGCGACGCUAUUUCAAGUUUAACGACACCCAACGCAUCACCACGUACCACCCCCGCUUUGAGUUCAUUGACCGGUACUGCCAGUACAUCUUUUACAAGCCGGGGUCCGCCGAGGACGAGCGGCCAGAGGAUGCCGCAAAGCUUCAACCGCUGCAGCUCUACCUGUACGACUGGUGGCGAGUGCUUGAGGGGGAGGCGGCGACGCUUUCGGACACGGAGAUUCAGGUGGUGCAGCUGGGGUUUAAGCUUCGAAUAUAG